AUGGCUCGAGUGGCACUGCGCCCGCAAUCCCCGCUGAUGCCAACCAGCAGGCGAACAAGCGCCACGAAAACGACUGAACAGCCCUUUGCGACCCGACGCAAGGUGCGAAUCGUCUGUGUGGGAGCCGGGGCGUCGGGUCUCCAAAUGGCCUACAAGAUGGAGCGGAAGUUGAAGGAUGUGGAGUUCCAGAUCUACGAGAAGAACAAGGACGUGGGAGGUACCUGGCUGGAGAACCGCUAUCCUGGGUGUGAGUGCGAUAUUCCCUCCCACAGCUACCAGUUCGCCUGGGAAAGAAACCCGGACUGGAGUAGAUUCUAUUCGUCUAGCGAGGAAAUAUGGCGAUACUUCAAGUCCAUCGCGGUGAAGUACGAUCUAGAGAAAUAUGUCAAGUUCGAGCACAAGGUUCGCUCGGCCCAAUGGAACGAGAAUCAAGGGAAGUGGGACCUGGUCAUCACCAAGCCAGAUGGCACUGAGAUGCACGACCAAUGCGAAAUCCUCGCCAACUGUUCGGGUCUUUUGAAUUCCUGGAAGUGGCCCGAUGUCCCCGGAAUCUUAGACUACAAGGGCACAUUGCUUCACAGCGCUGCAUGGGAUGCGACUCAGGAAUUCGCUGGAAAGACCAUUGCCGUGAUUGGAGGCGGAUCAUCUGCCGUUCAAAUCAUCCCUGUUCUGCAGAAGUCUGCGAAGAAAUUGAUCCCCUUCCUCAGGUCGCCCGUUUGGAUUACCACCGGGUACGCUGCGAAGAUGGCCGGUCCGAACGGAACCAACUUCUCUUACUCAGAGGAGCAGAAAAAAGAAUUCCGUACGAGUCCUAAGAAGUUCGAUGAGUACUGUCGGACCGUUGAAGGCGAACUCAACAAACGCUUCUCUCUGGUUCAACUCGAGCACGAGGACCAAAAGAAGUCCAAGGAGGUUGUUGCCAACAUGAUGCGCCAACGGCUGGGAAACGACCCCGAGCUCUGUCAGAAGCUGGUUCCUUCCUACGCGCUCGGUUGUCGACGGCUGACCCCGGGUGUCAGCUAUCUCGAGUCGCUGACGGAAGACAACGUAGAUGCGCAAUUCAAGGGCGUCGCGCGGUUCACGCCCAAGGGGGUGGUGGAUGACGACGGGGUAGAGCACGAAGUGGACGUUGUUGUCUGCGCGACUGGCUUCAAUACCAACUUCGCGCCGCAUUUCUCCGUCAUCGGCCAAAACAACCGGAAUCUCCAGCAGGAGUGGGACAUUAUGCCUCAAGGGUAUCUUUCAGUCAUGGCGAACGGGUACCCGAAUAUGUACUUCUUCGUCGGACCCAAUGGUCCCGUCAGUCAUAGCUCCACCCUUCCUACCUUUGGGUGGAACACCCGGUACAUGUUCAAGAUGAUCGACAAGAUGCAAAAGGAGGGUAUCAAAGCCUACAACCCGAAAGCUGAGGCUCAGCGCGACUUCUUCAACCACACCCACGAGAUGAUGAAGCGCACUGCCUGGAGCAGCGCCUGUCGAUCAUGGUUCAAGAACGGCAAAGUCCACGGACCCACGGUCGCGGUCUGGGCUGGCAGUCGCUUGCAGUAUUUCGAGGCGCUCAAGGACGUCCGGUUUGAGGACUUCGAUAUCUCGUAUAUCUCCGACAAUCGAUUCCAGUAUUUUGGUAACGGGUACACCGAGACAGAGCUGGACCCUGAAGGAAACUCUACCUGGUACUUUGAUGAUCCGGAUUUGUGA